AUGUCGAAACGCUCUCGUGACACUUCCCCAGAACCACCAGAUGCUCUAUCAUCAACAUCAAAAACGAUACCCUCAUCCCCUUCACGACACAAAUAUCCUCAUAUGGAGCAUUCGCCUGAACAACCAAACACAUCAAUGCAUUGCUCUCUGCCCCCGCAUAAGGGCGAUUUAACCUUCCCUACCUACGAGGCGUAUGAAUCACAUUACCUGCAGACGCACGUAAACCGGUGCUCGGAAUGUACGAAGAACUUCCCUUCUGAUCUACUGCUUACCCGACACAUUGAGGAAAACCAUGAUCCCGUCAUGGAAGAAAAGAAGGAGAGGGGUGAGAAGACGUUUGGAUGUUUUGUGGAGGGGUGUGAGAGGAGAUGUUCGACGCCUCAGAAGCGGAGGAGACAUUUGAUUGAUAAGCACUGUUUUCCGAAGGUAGUUGAGAUCAUGUUUAUUAUCGGUGUGUUGUGGUAUGCUUGCUAA